AUGCGCACCUCAACCGUCCUCUCAGUCCUCUCGGCAGCCGCCCUUAGCCUGGCCAUUGACGCCCCGGAGACGACCAAUAAUCUCAGCGCCAGCUACUUCGCUGUCUUGCCCAACCGUAUUGAUACUGACGUUCGCGGCACCAUGACCAUCGCGAGCGCUCCCAAUGGCAAGGGCGCCAACAUUGCCUUCACCCUCAGCGGUCUUCCUACCGAGGGCGGCCCUUUCCUGUACCACAUCCACGACAAGGCCGUCCCAGCCGAUGGCAACUGCACCGGCACCGGCGCCCACCUUGACCCCUACGGACGCGGUGAAACCCCACCGUGCGAUUCGACCGAGAAACAGACAUGCCAGGUGGGCGAUCUGAGCGGCAAGUACGGCACUGUCAAUGCAACCGGCUACUCCGCUGCCUACACUGACAAGUACCUCUCCUUGGUGCCGGGCACACCGGCCUACUUUGGCAAUCGUAGUAUCGUCGUCCACUUCGCCAACAAGACUCGCAUCACCUGCGCCAACUUCACCACCAUCUCC